UUGUGCGCAUGCGCGUCAGGACGCAAGACCCUCAUCUGAAAAAUCUGAUGUCAUCUUGCCGGCAAUAUUUUCCACUCUGUCUGUAUAUUCAGUUGCAAUUGUAUAGUCAUAUUCCAGUGCAAUACAAACAACGCGUGUAAAUGGUGAAGGGUGUAGAUUGUGUGUACCGUUCGUUCUGUGUGCAUCACGCAUCUCAAUGGAGCAAGCAGCAGCUGAUCUAGACGGCUUGUUUUGCUGGAUGAAGGUGGACGCUUAGGACACAACAGGUUAUUGGCAUUUAUUUAAAGGAGAUAAAUACGAUGUCUGCGAGGGAAAGACUGAAAGAGAAGAUGAUAAAAGAGAGCGUGACACUGCUGCCAUGCUUUUAUUUCGUGGAGCUUCCACUCCUGGUCUCAUCUAUGGUGAGCGUGUAUUUUCUGGAGUGGACGGACAUUUUCAAACCGGUCCGCUGGGGUUUCAGCUGUCACGACCGCAGUCUGAGUCUGCCUUAUAUCGAACCCACGCAUGAGGUCAUUCCCUUCCUCAUGCUCCUCAGCCUCACUUUCGCAGCUCCUGCUAUUACGAUCAUGAUCGGAGAGGGGAUUCUGUUCUGCUGUUUGUCCCGGGCACAGUGCAGAGGAGGAGCUGAAGCUGACAUCAACGCUGCCGGCUGCAACUUUAACUCUUUCGUCCGCCGAGGUGUCAGGUUUGUGGGCGUUCAUGUGUUUGGCUUAUGUGCCACGGCUUUGAUUACCGACAUCAUCCAGUUGUCGACAGGUUACCCCACCCCCUACUUCCUGACUGUCUGCAAGCCCAACUACACUCACCUCAAUACCUCCUGUGAUGAAAGUUUCUUCAUCCUGGAGGACAUCUGCUCAGGAUCUGACGCCGCUGUCAUCAACGCUGGCCGAAAAUCCUUCCCAUCACAGCAUGCAACGCUGGCAUCCUUUGCUGCCGUGUAUGUCUCGAUGUAUUUCAACAGCACACUAACAGACUCAUCCAAACUGCUGAAGCCUCUUCUGGUGUUCUCCUUCAUCAUCUGUGCCAUCAUAUGUGGCCUAACCCGCAUUAUUCAGCACAAGAACCAUGCUGUUGACGUUUACCUGGGCUUCCUGCUUGGAGGGGGCAUCGCUGUAUACUUAGGUUUGUUUGCUGUAGGAAACUUCCAACCGAGCAAGCAGAAACCGACAAGUCAGUUUCACGUUCAGGAUUCUCAUCGAACUAUGGCUGACCUUUGCCAGCAAGGUCACCACCUACCUGCCAAGAGCUGCAGUGGCAGUGAUGGCCUCUCAUCUUCAUGCUCCGAGGGCAUACUGCGCCGCAACACCAAAUACCACCAGGCUGGAUCUCUUAGCAGCCUGAAAAGACCAAGUGGAGAUGUGGAGGUCAUCACCUGCAGUCCACCACACAAGGAGAACAUGGUGACCUUCAAUACCUUGCCCAGAGUGCACACGCCUGCCAUGGAUGAGUCUGCCUUCCGCAACGCCACCAUCCACACCUCCUCGGUAGACUCGAGUCGAUCGAAGCAGCUGCUGAUGCAGUGGAAGAGUAGGAACGAGAGCCAUAAACACUCCCUGCAUGCCAUGGAAGGCGGACCAGGACUGUCCCCUCCAAACAGCAUGGACAUCCGCUGCAAUUCUGAACCCUUAGCUGUGGGAAUCAAUGGUGAACAUCAGGGACCUGGAACCCCUUACCUAAAAAUGGCCACUGGAAGUACAACACUACUAAGCAACCCCAGCGGAAUUGCUGGCGGUGCUCGGAUAACCAUCCAGUCUCGACCUGGUUCCUCGCAGUUGGUGCACAUCCCAGAGGAGACACAGGAGAACAUGGGUGGCUUGCCAAAUGGCAGUAACAUCCGCGACAAAUGGCUUAAAAGCAUGGAGAGGACUGCGGAGAACGGUGGGGAGGUACCAGUGGUUAGGACUAACUCUAAUGGCCAGCCACGGAUAAUGCAGGUCAUUGCGAUGUCCAAGCAGCAAGGUCUCCUGCAGGGAAGCUCUCCCAGUUCUGAAAGCAGCAGCCACACCAGUUCCACAGCACCACUGCAGCGCUACAAGACCCUGCCUGAGGAGUCUGGAGGUCAAGGCAGCACUGGAGCAAUCAUUCGGGUGGAAGCCCAUCCAGAGAAUGGCCGAGCCCUGGUGCAUGCGCACUCCACAGAUGGAAGUGGCUCCUGGACGUGGAAGUCCCAAAGCAGCUUUAGACAUUCAUUUGAGCUCAACGACUUGAAUCGGGACUCAGAGAGCUCAGAAUCCGUGAGGGAUGGGAACAGUUCUACAGACAGAAAGAAGAAUGGCUCUAAUGCUCCUAAAGUUGUCGCAGUUCCAACUGUUCCGACUGUCCCUACUGUAUCUACGGCAGGUGGAGACCAACAUCCCAACCAGACCAUUUCCACCAUCCGGGUCACUCCCAUGGAAAUGACAGAAUCUGGUCCUGAGAGUCACAAUUCGAGCUUGCGCAGAAAAACCAGGAUCCUCAUCCCUGAAAGAGGAAACAGUCCAGACAAUACCAGGAAUAUUUUUUACAAGGGAACAUCCACCACCCCAGUUUUCAAAGAGUAGUCAGUAAUUAUCUAAACAAAAACAAAAAAUGAAGAAACCAGAAGAGGUUGGUUGUUACAUAUGUUAUGUUUUACACAUCUCCGAUGGCAUCACUUGUUAUGCAUGAGAUGAUUCACAGAUUUAAAAUUAUAUGACAAGUGAGAAAAGCACAAAAUCCAGGUUUUGAUCAUAGUUCUGUUUACUUUUGUGAUAAUGACAUUGUAAACAUAUGACCGUAUAUCACAUGGAAAUGGUCUUACCUUUAGUGAAACACUGUGAAGCUGGAACUGUGACUGUGCCAAGAUUAAACUACAACACUGUAUUUAAGUAUUUAACAUCUCAGAUAUCUUAAAAGAUUUUCCAUAUAGUCAUAAUUUCACUUAUUCAUACACUAAUAACUAUGCUAGCUGAAACCCUUAUUUUUGUAUUCUGUAAAUAAAUUUUAAACUUGGUGCUGCCCAUUUCCGAAAACAUUAUGUAAAAAACAUCAAGCUAAGAAGAAAAUAAAUAAAUUUCUUAUGACCAUAAGUGCUUAGAAUAUUCUCUGUAGCAAGUGAUAGUCAUAAAACAACAUGCACUUCACGUUUACUACUUGCAAUACAAAUACUUUACAUACCGUAUGUGCUGUAUCUGUAGGAAUUUGUGCAUAAAAUGUGCAUUCAUGUACAUUUUAAUAGACACAUACAAGGGUUUAUGUUUUAGAAAUACAAUGAAAUAGUAUGUAUCCAAAAA